AUGAAGGGUGAUGAAUUGAGAAUGGAAACUACUGCUAAGUUUGGAAAGUUGGGAUGUCCAUAUUUGACCAAUAAACAUUUUAUCGGUCCACUGGCGCUACCAAGAUUGGAAUUGGAAGAUGAGGUCUUGAAUUGUAUUGGUUGUGGAGUUUUGGAAGUUUCUGUGAUUAAAUUGGUGAAAUCAAAAGAGUGGGAGUUGCAACCUGUUGCUGCGUUAGGGUGCUUCAAGAACUUUGUCUGUGAACGGGGAAAACUGGAUCAAAUGAAUCUACUGAAGAAAAUCAAAAUAUUUAAAAAAGAUGAUGGGAAUGCUGAGGAUGCUAAACAGGGGCAGAGUAGAGUAAACAAGGCUGAUGCGCAACCGGCAUUUACAAUGGAGCAAGCCAGUAAGGCUCUGAAAGCCUAUAAAAAUCGCAAAAAAGCACGACAAAAGGCACGUGAAGAAGAGGCGUGUUACGUGGAGUACAGGAAAGCUGAAAUUUUGGCAAAAUUUAAACCAAAAGUGGGAACCCUUCGGAUUGCUGAUGAGGUUUUUCCAAAACGUCGCAAAGGUUCAAUGGGUUUUGGUGAGCGAAAAGCGCAUUACCUAUCCAUUCGGCCGAAACCUUGCUAUGCAACUUGGCUUGGUAGGCGUCGAGACGUCAUCGAGGCCAAACCUUCACCGAUGGCAAUAGCAGCGUCAGUUGACAUGACAGAUCAUUCGGCUGUCUCAGAAUUCAGCAAACAAUCUACCAAAGAAUCCGAUAAGCAGGAUGAUGAAAGAGCUUCAACCACGAAACCAUUUGCUUCAAAGGAUUCAAAACAGAUAUCUCAGAUAUCUACCACAGACAUACAUAUAGAAUCACAAAAGCGAUCAUCAGUGAUUGGUCCUGAAUUUGAAGGUGAUAAUAGCCUAGUUAAAGUUGCCAUAUAUGGAGCAAAUGCUGAUAAUCCUCUCAUAAAUGGUGUACCAUUCUGGACCAUUGAAACUCCUCAAGAAGAGGAAGCAGUGACAGAUGAUGAUUUACCAGUUGACAUGGAUAUCCUGGAAAAAGUUUGCACCGGCAAGAAGACACUCGAUUCACGACCAUUCGAAAAAAUUGAAUUUAAUCCAUUCGGCCCAGUAUCCAAAAUGAAAGCAGAUGAUUUAUUAUUCGAUCGCGAUACGAUUUUGUUUUCAAAUACUGUCGAAACGGUAAUCCGUCUGCAGCCUGAGGGUGAUGAGAAGAUGGCACAACCUACUGAUUCAUUACGACGCCGCAUUCGAUGGGCCGAUAAAAUCAGCGUGACGACAUUUGAUCCCAAAAAUCGACGACCUAAAGAUAUACGGACACCGGUCACUGAACCAUUACGAAACAUUGCACGCGACAGACGAUCGAUUGCUUGUUAAGCGAAACAAACAUUCGAAGGGACCUCAUCUUUAUUUGAACUGUGCAGUUUAUGUUUGAAUUUAAAAGUAUCAAUUAUGAGCACGUCGAGACAAAUGAAACGUCUGGAUUAUUUUACUUUCAUAUUUUGUGAUAUCUUUCCGGUUGCCCUGAUUAUUACAUUUCAUAUCAUCAUAACGUCUUUUUUCUCAUCCCUUUUAUCCAGCCUCUUUCAUCUACAUCAAAAACGAUUUCCCUAGGUCAAGAACGACGACCAGAACUUUAUCGGAAUUCCCUCAUAAUUCCACUGUUACAUUUUUAUAAAAAGCUUGGA